AUGGCGUCCCGCACCAGUUCGCAGUCGAGCGACUCGUCUGCGCCACCGCUUUCGCGACGAGAUACGCAGGCGACUAGUAAAGAGAGGAGAGGACUGCGAGGUCUGCUGAAGAGGGUGUGGCUGAAGUCCGGGCUUGACCAACCGACUAUCUUGUUGAUGCUUAAGGGCGGUGUUGCACCAACAAUCGCGGUAUCCAUUUACCAAGCCACAGAUGUAGCCGAAGAAUACACCACACUCGGGUACCUCGUCGCAAUUGUCUCGAUCCUAGGCUUCUCGAUUAUGCCUCGAGCCAAAUUCAUCCAGAUGUUGAUCUUUGAUAUCCUGGCAGUCUGCGUCGCAGCAUGCUUCGCCUUGCUGAUGAUGUACUCGAGCGUCAAGGCCCGCCAGCACACGAUGGACAGUACUUCCGCGGAUUCCUACAACUCAUCUGCUUCAGCAGUCAGCGGUGUCUGGCUAUUCUUCCAAAUCUGGCUGGUUCACACUGUCCGUGCGAAGUAUCCCCAGUUUCAAUUCCCAGUCAUCAUCUACGCCAUCUUCGCGAAUGUGUCUUCAGUCUAUGCGCCGCAGAUGACCUCCAUGGCGGCAGCAAUCAGUCUGGUUGGACGCCUGAUCCGAACUUUCCUCACCGGCCUGGCCAUCUCGACUGCUGUUUCGCUCUUGAUCCUCCCAAUGACGUCGCGUAAAGCCGUCUUCAAGCAAAUGGGUGGCUAUAUCGGGACGCUCCGGUCAGCAUUGGGUGCCCAUGCGGCGUAUUUCGAGACCCUCGAGAAGGAGGACAUGUUUGGUCGUGCGGAUACCUACGAUGACACGCGAGAGAAGUUCGGAGAUAAGGGGAAAGUGUACAGUCCCGAGGCGGAAGCGAUCCGUGGUGCCAUUCGGCAGAUCACUGAUGUUCACGCCAAACUCCACGGCGACCUGUCGUUCGCCAAGAGAGAGUUUGCUUUCGGAAAGCUUGGCCCCGAUGAUAUACAGAGGAUUUUCCGGCAUCUGCGCCAGAUCAUGAUUCCAGUUGUGGGAUUGAGUUUCGUAGUGGAUAUUUUCCAAAGAUUGUCGGAUUAUAACAGAUGGAACACGCCAAUCGACCCCAAUGCCGAGCCGAUUCCGCAAGAUGUUCGUGAGCGUGUUGUGCACGAUUGGAAUGAUAUUAUGAAGGCGGUUCAUGAUCCUUUCGCUACAAUGAUUCAAACAAUUGACGAGGGACUUCAGCACACCGCAUAUGUGUUUAGACUGGCCAAGCCGCCCAAACGCACUGCGAUGGCAUCCUCAUCGAACGAUUCCAACCAAGAGGCAAAGGACAUUGAAGCCUCCGCCCAGAAUACCGCACCCGGUGAGAAAGAGUUUACAGAACAUUUCCAGAAGAAGCUGGGUGAAUUUCGAAGCGCCAAGCGGAUUGCCCUGGAGACUUGGGCAGAAGAUAAAGGCAUCAAUCUGCCUCCUGACUUCUUCGACCAUCCAUCAUCUGUCGACAGCCUGAAAGGUGACUUUUUUGACGCUUCAGCUUCACAUCAAGAUCGAAGCCGUCGACAGCUAUAUCUGUUUCUAUACAUGGAGCAAUUGCUCUACUCAACCGGACAAACUGUUCUAGAAUUCGUCCAAUAUGCCGAUGAGAUCGCCGAAAAGGGAAAAAUGUCUCGCACCCGUUUAAUUAUACCUGGAGCCAAGCGUUCAUGGAAAUGGGCCAAGACCUUCCUCAAAACCUAUGAUCACCACGAAGAAGACAAUAUGGGCGAUGUACACACUCAUAACAACAUGCUUGAACUGGGCGAAGCGUAUCGACACCGCAAAGAUCCCGAGCACCUGCCUCCAGAUACCUGGUUCCAGAAAGUCGGGGACAGAAUCCGUGUCUUCCCCUGGCUUCUCCGGUCAUUCGAAUCCAAGUACGGAUUCCGGGUGGCAUGUGCUACCAUGACCAUCGCCAUAAUAGCCUACCUGCACGAUACCCAAACAUUCUUUACCAAACAGCGCCUUGUAUGGGCCAUGAUCAUGGUAAACCUUAGCAUGUCUCCGACAUCAGGACAGAGUAUUUUCAGCUUCGUGCUUCGAAUUGCAGGUACCACCAUCGCCAUGGUAGCCAGUCUGCUCAUUUGGUACAUACCAGACCAAAAAACGCCCGGCGUGAUCGUCCUUCUUUUUCUAUUCAUUUCCUGCGCAUUCUACAUUCCAAUCAAAAUGUUUCGCUUCCGAGUCAUAGGCAUCAUCAGCAUCGUCACCACAACAAUGAUCAUCGGAUACGAACUCCAAGUCCGAAAAGUCGGCGAGAAAGUCGCCACCUCAAAUGGACAGCCAAUCUACCCUAUCUACCUCCUUGCUCCCUACCGACUGGCAACCGUCAGUGGGGGUAUUGCGGUGGCGUUCAUCUGGACGUUUUUCCCGUACCCGAUCUCGGAACAUUCGGCCCUCCGGCAGAGCCUGGGGGCGUCACUGUAUCUUCUUGCGAACUACUAUUCCAUCAUUCAUGAGACGCUCUCUGCUCGAAUGCGCGGUGAUGAGGGCGAUCUCAACCUCAAGACUUCUGCUGGUCGCAAACUCGAGAAAGCCCGGCACAAGGUCUUCUCAAAGCAGAUGCUCAUGCUGAAUGGACUGCGGACCUACUCCGAGUUCCUCCGCUGGGAAGUCCCGAUUGGCGGUAGAUUUCCAAAGAAGCAGUACGAUUCUAUCAUCGUCUGUGUCGAAAAUAUUGUGAGCUACCUGAGUUUACUCGGAUAUGCCUCCGACACAUUGAUGCGUCUAAGCGAAGACGACGACGAAACAAACUCUAUCUGGAUGCACGACUUCCGUCGCGUUGUAGGGCACGCUAAGGUUACAACCCACGAAGUUACUUCCCUGCUUUGUCUCCUUUCGGCUAGUAUCACCAACCGCCAGCCCCUCCCUCCUUACCUGAAGACACCGCGGCCAUAUAGUUUUUCGAAGCGCCUGGAGGCGCUGAAUAAGGAUAUCCUUAGUAUCAAGCACAUUGCCGAGCCGGGCUUUGCUGCGUUUGCUGUCUUGCAGAUUUCGACCAGGUGUAUCGUUGGUGAUGUGGAGCGGCUGAUGAAGCAUGUCAAGGGUCUGGUGGGCGAGUUGGACUUCUCAUUCCAUGCUGUUAGUACGAUGGACCCCAGGAUUGCCGAGUCUAGGAUGACGUCGCGGGCGCCGUCGAGAGCGACCUCGCCGGUUAGGGGGGCGUCGCAGAUCAGUUUGCACGAGACGCAGGCUGCAGAUCGUCAGAAGAUGGAUUGA